UCCCUUCAUUUCAGCAUCUGAGGCAAAUACUUUAAAAUUCACUCAGUGGACGUGAAAGAAUAACCUGGACAAUAAGUGGAAACACAAAGGGGAAGAGCAACAGCCAGAGCUCCGAAAGUGUCUGAAGUCCAUCGGGAAAAAGACAAGGAUUUCUCUCUGGUGAGGCUUUCUGGGCUCAGAGUGAUAUGGCUGGCGCUCUCCGCAAGCUCUCCGCAUACAUCCCUUGUGUGUGGAUCGUCCUCAUGCUUUUCGACCCCAGCUUGCAAACUGGGGCCGUAACAGGACAUAGAGAACCCAUUCCAGAUGACAGCAAAGACAACAUCACCAUCUUCACUCGAAUCUUGGACCGCCUACUGGACGGUUACGACAACAGAUUGCGCCCUGGACUUGGAGAGAGUGUGACUGAAGUGAGAACAAACAUCUACGUGACAAGCUUCGGACCAGUAUCUGACACCGAUAUGGAGUACACGAUUGAUGUGUUCUUCCGCCAGAGCUGGAGGGACGAGAGGCUGAAGUUCGAUGGGCCUAUGCAGGUCCUUCCACUUAACAACCUUCUAGCCAGCAAGAUUUGGACUCCUGACACCUUCUUUCACAAUGGGAAGAAGUCAGUCGCCCACAAUAUGACCACACCCAAUAAACUUCUGCGACUGGUGGACAAUGGAACGCUUCUCUACACAAUGAGAUUAACAAUCCAUGCUGAGUGCCCUAUGCACCUGGAGGAUUUUCCCAUGGACGCCCAUGCCUGCCCACUAAAGUUUGGGAGCUAUGCCUACACUAACAAUGAGGUUGUCUACAUUUGGACGGCGGAUGAUGAGAAAUCUGUUUCUGUUGCUCCUGAUGGUUCUAGACUUAACCAGUAUGACCUGUUGGGCCAUGUCAUUGGCAAAGAGACCAUCAGCUCCAGUACAGGAGAAUAUGUGGUGAUGACAACGUAUUUCCAUCUGAAAAGGAAAAUUGGCUAUUUUGUGAUCCAGACGUAUCUCCCCUGCAUAAUGACCGUCAUCCUCUCUCAGGUGUCCUUCUGGCUGAACCGCGAGUCCGUGCCAGCGCGCACCGUCUUCGGUGUUACAACAGUCCUGACAAUGACAACGUUGAGUAUAAGUGCCAGGAACUCACUUCCGAAGGUUGCCUACGCCACAGCCAUGGACUGGUUUAUGGCCGUAUGUUACGCCUUUGUCUUCUCCGCCCUCAUUGAGUUUGCGACGGUCAACUACUUCACCAAGCGCAGCUGGGCCUGGGAUGGUCAGAAAGAGGCCCAGGAGCAGAGGAGACGAGAGUCUUCUUCCUUCUCCAAAAAGACCAACAACACUUUCAACAUCGUGGGAACCACCUACAGCAUGGGCGUGGCCAAAGACCCAGGACUGACCACCGUCGCCAAGAGCGCCACCACCACGUCCACCCCGUCCCAGCCGGUCCGAGAGAUCCGGUUGCCCAAAAUGGAUGGCGAGUACGUGCCGGAGGGAGUGAGUAAGUCGUACAAUCGCGUCAGCAAAGUGGACAAGAUCUCUCGUAUUAUCUUUCCCGUCCUCUUCUUCAUCUUCAACCUGGGGUACUGGGCCACAUAUGUCAACAGAAAGCCGACCAUCAUCCGAUCCAGCCCUCAAAAAUGAACCAAAUCGCAAAAAAGCUGCCACUCCAGUCUUAGCUGGCGACGUGAGGCUACUGCUUUCAAAACACACGUUUAAUUUAAUUUUUUUAAAUUCAUUGGUUUGUAGAUACCAGUCCUGGUUUACUGGUUUGUUGUUUUUGUUUUUCCAGUGUCAUUUCCUUUGUUGCAUGAGUUCAAGUAUGAUUCAUUUUUUUGACCGGUCUUGUAUGGAUGAUCAUUACAUACCCGCUUUAUCACACUGUGUAUCACCGGAGGAAAACUCCCGUCACCAUUGGCUGUCUGUCGCCCCGGCGAGCACCUUCAGCCUCUAAGCAGCCAGUAGCGAUGUCUGUAAGCAUCAUUAAUAACCGUCCUUUCCCAGCACACCGCAGACGCAAAGCAAAAUCAUCUAGAAUCAUGUUUUUUCGGGCUUUCUCCGUGCAUUUACCUGUCCAGUGACUCUUAUUGUUUAAACAGCCUGAGCAGGCUGCGAGAUAAAGAAACUGUGCCUUUUUUAAUCACUCGCCCGCAGAGAUGAAUAGUUUGGCACAUGCUGACAUUGUCUUCGAGCGUACGCCUACCUAAUGAAAAACGUCAGCGUUGAAUGAACUCUCACAGGUAGGUAUUAAACUCGGUGUUCUGCUGCGUGCGAGUUGAUUUAAUGCUGACGGCUAACUGUGAGGCGCUGGGCCGGUCGACGUUGUUUUGAUCAUGGCCGACGGGACGGAGAAACUGUUCGGUUUCAAUUAUUUCACCGUAGGAGGCUGUAAAGUAUUUCAGUUGUGAGGAAUUUCAAGGCCUGACUUUAGACCCGGGUCCAGUGCCACACCAGGAGGUACAUGCUUCGAAUUCCAUUACCUCAUGCUAAGGUGAUGCUGGCUAUGAUAUUUAUACCAAUUUCUUAAUUUCUUUAUCGAACAAUCCAGUAUUCUUUUUUUGGGAAUGCACUAUUUUUAUUGCUGUUAAUAUUUUAAUUGUAUAAACUCAUUACUUUUGCAACGGCAAGCCACCAUCGUUGUUUCCGGUGUAUGAUAUGUCGACGUUUUGCGAGUAGUUUUCUUAGUGUUUUUUUAAUAUGUUAAUCUGAGAACAUACACACAGAGUGGAUGUGUGUACAUAUUUAUGAGUUACCAGUGGUCCUCUAUCAAUGGAUUUAUUUAUGAAUAUUUUUUAUUUAUUCGUGUAUUUAUUUGUUUCACACAGUGUGAUCGACUUUCUUAUGGAACUUGAGUUUGGACAAAAAUAUCCUUUGCAUUCACUUAGAAAGUGCCAGGUUUACAUGUGAAUUUAAAAUCAAGACAUUUUUUUGUAGAUAAACAAAAAAAGUCGCGUAAAGUAUGUACUUUUGUGACAGCAAGCUAUAUUAAGCAAAAAAGCAUUAACUUUGACAUUUCGUUCAUUUCAUGAACCAUUGACGUAGCUGUUGAUCGAUAGCUUUAGACACACUACGUAGAAUCUCACUCGUCAUUUUUAAUAUGAAUAUUUAUGAGCAGAAGAAAGAAUAUGACCUGUGUUUAUUUUAAUAUCCUACACUCUAAAAAAAUGUUGAGUUGUUUUAAAAUAUGGGCUAACUCAAACCUUUGAUGUCCAUUUUUGACCCAACCGUGGGUUGAAACAACCAAACUUUUUAUUUGAGUGCAGAUAAGACAUGAGGAGGUUGUUUCCAUAACAAAAUACAUGGGAUGUAUAAAGAAUAAAUUAAUGCAUGACAAUCUCUUCAUUAGCUACAUCACCUCCACAACGCUAAUGUGUUAUCUUUCUGAAUUACGGUUCAUGUUUUUGUAUCUUGUAGUGGCCCUUAAAAUAGCCGUGUAUCCGGAGUGCGUAUGUGUAGGCUCCUCUUCAUCCUAUAUGAGCUACAGUAGGGCUAGAUCCAAUGGUGGUUCAGUAUUGAUUGUCUACGCAAUUAGUGCUAAACAUAAAAUAAAGCCACAUCUAAGAUGUAUAUUUAUAUAGGAGUUAAGGCAUUUAAGCUAACUGCAUAUAAAAUGGCAUACAUGAUCUAUGUUUUUUACCGUAAAAGAUAUAACCUUUAUAGCGUCAGUACAAAUGUACAAAAACAAUAUUGGGUAGAGCUAUGUAGUGGCAUGAUAGUCGAAUCAAAUAUUAGAAGUAGUAAUAUUUUAGAAAUCGUCAGCCCACUUGAAAUCCAAAACUUGGGAAACAUUGUCGUGUCGAUUACCGUAAUCGUUCUGUAAACGUCAACAUAUUCGUCAGAUAUGUAGGAUUUCUCACACACAGAUAAGUGAAAUAUUACGUGUUCGAGAGGGUGACAGAAAAAUGUACAGUACAUUUUAGUGAUGUUAACGUUUAUAAGCGACGUUAGCUGUCAUUUGAGUGAAGCUUAAUGGAGUAAAAAAUGCUAAUUGGUCAUUUUAUCACUGCCGGAUGCUAAUUGAAAAACUGCUGAAACUUUUACUGAUCUAUUCCAUGUCUUGCUUUAAAACGUGCAUCUUACUGCCCCCUUGUUCCAGAACUGACCCGGAUCAUUCUGGAUCAUGUUUAUCGCAUCGGCUAAUAAGACUACUCUGCCAGAUGUACCACCUUGUGUGCACUUUUCAAAAGUUUACUGUGAAGAGGCAGAUGUUCAAUCUGCCAGGCUCCCUGUACAUACUGUAUCAAAAAAAAAAUCUUCAGCAAUUUUACUGCAUGUCCCAAAGCGUCAGAGUCGAGAUGUCUGACUCAACCUUGCGGUUUCAUAGACAAGUGAUUCCUUGUAGAUGUUAUCUUAUAAAAGUUGGCGGUCCUUCCACAGUGUCUGGCUUUGAUAAGCGAAUUAUUCUUUGUGAGAAGACUCCUUCUUGACAAGCUAUAAUAAACUGGAGAAACCCAGAGGACGUCGUUUGUACUUCUGUUAAUGUAAAAGACGGUACGAGAUGAACGUUAUCAACCGAGGACGGUGGGUUUGUUUUGACGACAUCAAUUUCGUGCCUCUUGGUGGUUCGUCACGUCAUGUGAACACUCAUAGCACUCUGGCGCAUGCUAGCUAUUUCGUUUCGUCGUGUUACACUGUGAUUUAAUACCAAAAGGCUGAUAGGACAAGUGACCUAGAACGUGUCUAGGAAACGACUCAAGUCUCUCUAAAUCUUGUUAUUGCGACACUUCUCCGCUCGUGACUCGAGUCAAAUUGAACAGUGGAAAUUGCUCUGACACGCUGGUUGAUUCGAUGUCCUUGAUAUAAAUGCGGUUUUGAGAUGAGACGCACAGUUGCUGAGAUUUACGCCGUGAAUACAGUAUGCCUUCGCAAUCAAAGCCGCGCCGCUGCUGUCGGAGAAGUCAGAAGGAAUCUCAAGAAAAAUGCUGUGCCGGAGCGAAAGUGAAUUGAUGAAGCCUCCUGCCUCAAAACAAACUGCUAUGUUUACUUGACUUGCUGCCUGGGCCAUACAUCAUGAUUAUUGCCAAAUUAUCAGCUGUGCCAAAUGACCUUUAGAGAUAUUGAAGGAGGGAUGAUUUGCCCAUGGAUAUGGCAUGACAUGUGUGGGUGUAUACUGUAUACACACACACACCAACACACACUUGCGUCGUUUACUCCGCGAUUUAGUUUCUUGCAUUAAAAUGUCAAGAGGGCAUUUGUGAUUGGACAAUUUGAGAAACGCUAAUGACUAAUGACACAGAUCGCAUUUGCAUAGCGUGUGAUUUGCCAGCACAUUGGGGGCGGACCGCAAUGAUUGAGACAUUCCCCAACGGUGAAACAUCUGAUACGUUUGACUGUAUUACCGAUUCAGGUCCUCAGAUCGGCAGCCAAGCUCGAUGCUAUUGAGUCAAACACAUCUAAUUGAAUUGAUCCAAAUGCCCCCUUUUGUUUUAUCUUCUUUCUUUUUGCCCGGCGGACACCGCAGGAGUUUGGUCGAUCUGUGUUUUAGAUCCUUAAUAUGCAUUUUUGAAACCGACCCCAGUGUAACUUUUUAGUUGAUGCUGCAGAAAUGAGGUUGCUUUUUGCUAGAUUGUGCUUUUUGUAAUUUAAUCUAUGUUCUGUUAAUUAUUAAGAGACUUGGAGCUACACAGGACACUAGCGUAAAAUCGUAUUUCUCUGUGGUCAGUUUUCAGGUCAGGUAUUGUCAUGGCUGAGCAACAGUUGGAGGAACUAAAUUGAAUAAUAAGGUAUGUGUAGUGCCCUUCGGAGAUCAGCAACGAUGCCAGAAUGCAUCGGUGCAUAAUUGAGUUGGCCAAAGAUUUGCGUCUGCGUUCUUGUACAGACUGUUUCUAAGUAGGUUCCUCUUACUGUGAAGAUAGUUGCUGUUUCUAUAGACAGUUUAAAAAGCAGGAAUAUAUAUAAACAUUAUUGCGCAUGCACGUGUUCGUGGACUGCCCUUAACUUUUGGUACACAUUUGCAAAUUAUACAGUGCCUGUAACAUAUUUCUGAAAACAAUUAAAAGAAACCGAGAAAAAACGUUACUUGGCUAAACUUGCCUUUCCAAUAUUUUGAAUUUAGACCGCGAUACCAAGCUCAACCACUAUCAUAAAGUUUCUUUAAAUGCGAUGAACUACAAGCCGCAUUCAACAAAUUGUUUUUUAAAAGCGGGGUGUCUGAUUUCUCUGAGCCAACAAACACACCCCUACCCACAUCUUUAGCGUUCGUCAGCGCUCGGAUCCACUAAUAUCCUCUCCUGUGCACCUUACUGCUGAUUGUUGUUUUGGUACUGUGCCCGACUUUGUCUAAACAAGUAUAAAUCGUAUAUUGGACACCCCACCUUUAAUAAAAUGAACAUAAAACAAAAUUCAACAAAUCGUGUUUUUGAUACAAUUGAUGUACAAUACAAUAAUAAUAUAAAUGAAUAUUAACAGAAAUAAAAAUAAAAUUGUUUUUAUAAUUAUUAGACCCUAGCCAGACCGAUAAAAAAACACAGACCAGAAGUUUAAUGCAGUCCAGGCGUGCCUCUGAUGAAACGGUCUACAAGCUUCUUGCUUACCUGUUUUUAAAGCUGCACUCUGUAACUUUCCUCUCUAUCGUCCAAACUGUUUGAAACAAAAAACUAAUUUAUGCACUUACCUUUACAUGAUUUGAAGUCAAAUUGCAUCUGACGUUUCCUGUGAAACAUUGCAAAUAAAACCUUAUUUUGUCUUAGUUUAUUUUUAACCACCCAAAAAGUUACAGAUUGCAGCUUUAAGUACUGGCACAUUAAGUACCUUUGUCAGAAGGGUGCGUGUGCAUAGAACUGUAAAACAGGAAGAGUUACUGUACAAUACAAGUUACAAUAUUCCCAGAAUUUUUAGCACAUCCACAUUAUAAACAGAGAAAAAAUAUUUACAGUGAUUACAAUGUUGUGGUGUUAUUUUGUAACAUGCAUGGUGCAAUUUAAGCGAACUGUUGUCAAACACAUCUGGAAGCCAACACUCAAUGAACCCUGGGAAACGAUGUAUGAGAUUGUAAGGUAAUGUACUUGGCUUAAGUGUGCAGAUUUCUCUGAAAUAUAGCAUUUUGCUCUGUCUUAAACAGUAUUGUAAAAAAAGUAUUGUGUUGAUGUACGGCCAGCAUUGGAGCAAAUUUUGUGAAUGCUAGAGUUUGUUCGCUCAUUUGAUUGGUGGUUUUCUCUGCCACUAAGACAGACAGUACAAGUCAAAAAUGUUGCUUCUGUUAAAUCUUGAAUUCAAGGUGUUCCUUUCUGUUGUGGAAGUUUGUUUGUUGGGCUAAUAGCAGUAUCCUUGUAUUGUUUUAUAUCUUUACGUGUCCCAGUUUGCUGUUAUUUGCGUUGAAUAAAGAUUUGGUCGUUUCAUUCCUUCGCUUUCGUGUUUUUUCUUGUUUCAGUUGUGAUUGUGCAGAGUUUGUAUGUGUGUCCGCCUGUGACCUUGGUCCUCUCCUUUACACUCUUUCCA